GCCUGCCCGCUCACGCCCGGCGCUGCCGCUCUCCUGGGCUGGAGGAGCGGAGCGGAGGAGGACGCGGACAGGACAGGGGUUCGGGAAGGUGCUGAGGAACCGCCGCUGCCCCUUGUGCCCUGGGGGAACCCGCAAGCGGACGCGCCGGCAAAGGAGCCCCGCUACCCCGAUUUCUCCCAGACCUGGAUGGUGACAGAUGUAGGAAGACAGCUUACUCUGUACCUCCUGCAGGAAGUUAAAGAAAGAACAGAAACAAGAAAGCACCAUGUCUUCAGUUUCAGCUUAUUACAAUGGAAAGACCGUCCUCAUCACAGGAGCUACAGGUUUCAUGGGCAAAGUACUGGUGGAAAAGCUUCUGCGCUCCAGCCCUGAUGUAAAAGCAAUCUAUAUCCUCGUCAGGCCAAAGGCUGGACAGUCAAUGCAAGAGAGAGUGGCCAACAUGCUGAAAUGCAAGGUCUUUGACAGGGUCCGAGAAGAUUGCCCUAAUUUCCACGAGAAGAUUAAGCCUAUUAAUGCUGAACUCACUCAGCCCAAGCUGGCCAUCAGUGCUGAAGAUGAGGAGGAGCUUCUGACCCGGGUCAAUAUUGUCUUCCACUGUGCAGCAACAGUUCGCUUUGAUGAACCCCUGAAACACGCGGUGCAGCUGAACGCGAUGGGCACGCAGCGGCUUCUGGAGCUGGCCCGGCAGAUGCAGAACCUCGAGGCCUUUGUCCACAUCUCCACUGCCUAUGCAAACUGUGUCAGGAAAUGCAUAGAUGAAGUCAUUUACCCACCCCCAGCUGAACCCAAGAAGCUCUUCGAUUUGGUAGAGUGGCUGGAUGAAUCUAUCAUUCAAGACAUCACACCCAAGCUGCUUGGGGACUGGCCCAACACUUACACCUACACCAAAGCCUUGUCAGAAUACCUGAUUCAGCAAGAGAAAGGAAACCUGAACAUUGCUAUCAUCAGGCCAUCCAUCGUGGGAGCUAGCUGGCACGAGCCUUUCCCAGGUUGGAUUGACAGCUUCAACGGGACAAGUGGAAUAUUUGUUGCGGCAGGCAAAGGGAUUCUGCGGACAGUCAUUGCCAACAACGAAGCCGUGGCAGAUAUGAUCCCAGUAGACGUGGCCAUCAACUUCACCCUGGCAGCUGGGUGGUACACUGCUGUGCACAGACCAAAAAACUUGUUGGUGUGCAACUGUACAACAGGUGGAAUCAACCCAUUCUUCUGGGGAGAGAUGGAGCAAUAUGUCAUGUCCACGUUCAAAAGGAACCCCCUGGAGCAGGCCUUCCGAACACCCAACGCUCACUUGACAUCCAACUACUUGAUAAACCAGUACUGGGUCACUGUCAGCCACAAGGCUCCAGCCAUGCUCUAUGACCUGUACAUGAGGCUCACGGGGAGAAAGCCCAGAAUGAUGAAGAUUAUCAAUCGACUACAUAAGUCUAUGAUGCUCCUGCAGUAUUUCUCCACCCAGUCCUGGGACUGGUCUUCAGAUAAUAUGAAUAUGUUAAUGAGUCACCUUAACACAGAGGACAAAAAGGUAUACAAUUUUGAUGUUCGCCAGCUGCACUGGUCAGAAUACAUUGAAAGCUACUGCCUAGGUGCUAAGAAGUAUUUGCUAAAUGAGGACAUGGCUGGCAUUCCAGCAGCAAAGCAGCACUUACGAAAGCUGAGGAACAUCCAGUAUGCAUUCAACACCACCCUCCUUGUGAUCAUCUGGCGCAUUUUCAUUGCGAGGUCACAGAUGGCUCGGAACAUCUGGUACUUUGUAGUGAGCCUCUGCUACAAGUUCCUUUCCUACUUCAGGGCAUCCAGCACCCUCAGGCACUGAAGCCAUCCAUCAGCAACCAGCCUCUUCCAGAAGGACUUCCAUCUCGUCUAAUCAGCAACUGUGGGCAUCGGGGUCUCAAAGUAGCAGAAAAAUCCACACCCUUCAGCAGCAGCCUGCAUUUAUUGUGCACUGUUAUAUGUUCACCUUUUUAAUUGUAACUAAUGCUUUAACACAUGGUGGUCUCUCUUCCCUAGGACCAGGCCGAUUUUUAAAGCCAUAACUGAAGCUUUAGGAACAGUUAAAGCUGGAACCCUUCAUCUAGAGUCUGACAUACAAGAGUAAGGAUUAACCAAAGUCAUUGUCUUCCCAUGUACUACCUAGGCUAUCUAAAUUCCAUCUUCUUCCACAGAAGAGGCUGUUUAAAACAUACAACCUUGGAAGAAAAGGAUGCCACCAAAGAAGACCCAACCAAGGAAAUUAACCUGUAAGAGGUCUUCCUAAAGAGUCUAUUCCUUCAUUCUCAUUCAGUGAAAUGGUACUUUAUUAAAAGACAA